GACAGCGAGCCCGACGUGACGCUGGGCGAUUUCGAGCUGCUCAAGGUGAUUGGGCGCGGGACGUACGGCAAGGUGAUGCAGGUGCGGCGCACGCAGACAAGCGAGAUCUUCGCGAUGAAGGUCCUCAAGAAGGAGGCUGUCUUUGCGCGCGGCGACCCGAAGGACCUGCAGCACACCAUUGCCGAGCGGAACGUGCUCGCGCUGCUCAACUGCCGCGCGCACCCUUUUGUGCUCGGCCUUAAGUACGCCUUCCACACGCCGGCAAAGCUCUACUACGUCAUGCACUUUUGCAACGGCGGCGACCUGUACUACCUGCUCAGCCGCUGCAGAAAGUUCCGCGAGUCGCAGGCACGCUUCUACGCCGGCGAGGUCUUCCUGGCGAUCCAGCACUUGCACUCCCUCGGCAUCAUCUACCGCGACCUGAAGCCCGAGAACGUGCUGCUCGACAGCGACGGGCACGUCAAGCUGACCGACUUCGGGCUGUCGAAGGAGAGCGACACGGCCGACACGUUUUGCGGGACGCCCGUCUACCUUGCCCCCGAGAUCUGGAUGCGGAAGACGUAUGGCCAGGAGGUCGACUGGUGGUCGCUUGGCUGCGUGCUCUACGAGAUGGUGUGCGGCCUGCCUCCCUUUUGGGGCGACACGAUCAAGGACGUCUACAAGAAGGUCCUCCACACGCAGCCAAAGUACGCCGGCAUGAGCAGCGCGUGCCAGGCAGUGGUGACGGGCAUGCUCACGCGAAACCCGGAGGAGCGGAUGGGGCGGGCGGACAACGGCAAGGAGAUCAUGGCGCACGAGUUCUUCGCCGGCCAGGAGUGGGAGGACCUCCUCUCAAAGGCCAUCAAGCCGCCCUUCAAGUCCAAGACGGCCAACGAGGAGGACACGCACAACUUCCACAAGGCCUUCACGAGCCAACAGCCGGUCGACUCGCUGGUCAGCGCGUCGCACCUGAACGCCGCCCAGCAGGCCAACUUCGAGGGCUUUACGUACGUCCCCAGCACCAGCGACGCCAACGCCAUCGCCGAGGAGGCGGCAAAGCUGCAGCUCGGGGGCAGAGACUUGGUCGCCCCGCCCGGCUGAAGCGGCGGGGCGUGGGGGGGUCGAGGGCCGGACGCAGGCCGCCUCAAGUGUUGCGGUGCGGCGGCGGCGCCCUCCUCCGUGCCGUGCGCCCGUGCGUCGCGUCGUCCGCUCUGGGUUCACUGUUAGUGUGCUUGCCCUGGAGAGCUGGACAGAGGUCGGAGAGCCGCGGGAGGCGGAGCACGGAGCACAGAAGGAAGGUGGGAAGUGAGGCACACACGAAGCUUGUUCUUGUCCAUUUCAGUAAACGAACUUGAUGAUAUCG